AUGUACCAGGCUGUGCGCGACGCAAUGAGUAUUGCCCUCGCCAAGGAUGACAGCGCUGUAGUAUUUGGAGAGGACGUUGCAUUUGGAGGUGUAUUCAGAUGUACAAUGUUCGGUCGAGAACGCGUAUUCAAUACACCACUAACCGAACAAGGCAUUGUAGGUUUUGGCGUCGGACUUGCGUUGAUGGGUCAUACUGCUAUCGCAGAAAUUCAAUUUGCGGACUACAUUUUUCCUGCCUUUGAUCAGCUCGUCAACGAAGCUGCAAAGAUUCGAUAUCGUUCGGGAGGAACGUACAAUGUAGGAGGUCUGACCAUACGGACGCCUACUAUGUCUGUGGGUCAUGGGGGGCUAUACCAUUCUCAAUCCCCUGAGGGAUUUUUCAUGGGAGCGUCAGGGUUGAAGGUAGUUAUACCCCGUUCACCUAUCCAAGCCAAAGGAUUAUUACUGGGCUCAAUUCGCGACCCCAACCCAGUGAUAUUCAUGGAGCCAAAAAUUCUAUAUCGCUCAGCAGGUCUCUUUGCAGUCGAACAAGUUCCCGUUGAUGACUAUGAGCUACCCCUGGGUCAAGCAGAGAUACUGGUUCCAGGAGCCGAUCUUACGCUGUUGACAUGGGGGACACCAGUGUAUCACUCCAAGGUCGAACUGAUUGACUUGCGGUCUAUCCUCCCCUGGGAUGUCGAAACUGUCGCAGAAAGCGUCAACCGUACUGGCCGAUUGGUGAUCGUUCAUGAAGCCGGUAUGACGGCGGGUGUGGGCGCAGAAAUUAGUGCAGAGAUCCAGAAAAGAUGUUUCCUCAAGCUAAAUGCACCGAUCAAACGGGUGACAGGUUGGGAGUAA